AUGAAACCACAACGAGUGUUAAUGGCACGAUAUGACAAAGGUAAGGAUAUUGUAGUAGUGGGUGAAUAUAAAAAAUAGUUUUUUCACUUUUAAUUCUGCGUUUAAUAAGUCUUGUCGUUUAUUUAUAUAUAUUUUCAUGAGAAAAAACGACAAAACUUUUUUAACUUUAAAAUAUCGGUUUAAGGGCUAAAAAAUGAAUUUUAAUGUAUAAAUUGUCAUAAAAUUGUCUAAAAUAUUUCAUAAAUUAAAAAAAAAAGUUCUAAAAAUAGUAUAACAAACUGCCCUACCUGCAACCUCAUGACGUGUCACUGUUUUUUUUUCUUAUUCUUUGUUGGCCACACGGCUGUUCGAAUAAUCAAAUUCGAAGACUGAUUUGAGUGUCUGGCGCUGGCUUUAAGUCUCAUUCUUAAAAAGCUAUCAAUCCAAAGUUCAAGUACUUCACGUUUUUUGAGUAGGUUAGGAAAGGUCGGCCAUAUUAUACUGCUUUCUUUAUACUUUUCGUAUGAGAAGACGAAUAAUUCUUGAUGGGUGGAAGUAUUCUUUGUAUAGAAAUGAAAAUUUUUAGGUUUUUUUUAAGUUUUUUACUUUAUUUGUUUGUAUUUCAAAAGUUUUGUCGUUUUUUUGCAUUUUAUUAUAUGCAUUUUGGCGACAAAACUUUUUUACAUUUUAAUAUUUUACUUAUGCUUUCAUUUCUUUGCAUCUUCGAUAGUUUUUUGCUACUUUAAGUAUUUUUUCUCAUACUUUUCUAUCUACUACAAUAUAAAUCAGCCAAAACGUCUCUUUCUUUUCAAAAGAAAAUGACCAAAACAUUACACAUAAUAAUAUAAUAUGAUGUACAAAAUUACAAAUGAGUUUUCUCGUGACCAGAAUUAAUAUUUUAGAUAUCAGAUGGGACAAUUCGUCCAUCUAUUUAAACAUGAGCGAAGGUGUUUGAUUAACCUUUUGGAAGUGUACAAACUUUAAAAAAUUUAAAGUGUUUGGUCGUAAAAGAUGAAAAAUGGUCUAGGGAUUAGUUUUGGUUUGAGGUAGGGGGUUUUUAUCAAGAAGGGGGAAGAAGGGGUGAAAAGGGUGAAAGGGUUGAGGGGGUAGAAGCGUGGAAGGAUAAAGGAAUAGAGGGGUAGAGCGGUAUAAAGAUAAAUGAGUAGAGGACUAGAAAUGUAGAAGGUUAGAAGAAUAAAACAAAUAGAGUAGAAGGAUAGAGGGGUAAAGGAGUAUAAUAGUAGAAAUGUAGAGAAGUAUAGCAGUAGAGGUAGUGGGGUAGAAGGGUAGAAGGAUAGAGGAGUACAUUAAUAUAGAAGUAGAAAGUUAGAGCAAUAGAGCGGUAUAAGGGUUGAAGAAUUAAAGAUUAGAAGGGCAGAUUGCUAAAGGAGUAGAGGGGCAGAAGGGUAGAGGGGUAGAAGCAUAGAGAAGUAGAGGGGUAGGCGGGUAGAGAGGUAGAGGGAUAAAGGAGUAGAGCAGUAGACAGAUAUAGGGGUAGAAAGGUAGGGAGGUAGAGAGGUUGAGGGGUAGAGAGCAAAAAGGUAGAGGAGUAAAGAAGCAAAACGGUAGAGGAGUAGAAAGAUGGAGAGGUAGAGGGGUAGAUAUGAAUCGGGAGUAGAAGAGCAUUUACGGUUUCUGGAAUAGGAAAGGGUUUCUUUUUUUUGCCUUACAGUAUCCUUCUAUCUGUCCAUGCUGAUCUUUGUAAACUUGAACUUUCCUCUUCCAUCUCGUGAGCACAAAAUUGUCACAGCAUAGAUCAUACUGGUCUUGUAACUGCGCUAAUCAGCUUUUCGUCUACCGUUCCUUGCACGUGAAACCGAAAGUUUUGUUUGAAAAACAGACGGUUCCACUGGAUUUGUUUAAGGAACGGCUUUAAUCUCUCGGAUUUGUUUAAGGUUUUAAAAAUGAAACUCGAGGUAGCGAGGCCAAAAUUUAAAGUUCAAGUGUUAUGUUGCGUCAUUGCGAGGUUUGUUAACGUUUGUUUACUGUGGGUGGUUGGGCAUCGUGAUGAGCAGUUUGUAGUUUUUAGAAGGGUAGGGUAGGGGCAAGGUUGGAAAGGUGGUUGAUGCUAUUUGGAAGGCCAGUAUAGGUUUGGCAUUAAAAUUUUUUUAAACACAAUAUUAUAAGCGUUUAGGAUAAACCUACAACGUUUUUUGAAUGUAUUUCCCUUUCUAAUUUUUUAUUAUCAUUAACUUUAUCAGGUAUUACCUUAAUUAACACGUUUUUCCAUUAAAAAUUAAGAAAAUUUUAUAAAAUCGACCUUAUAAUGCCAAGACACUGCUUAAAACCUACUACUUCAACUACCACCGCCUUUUCUUUAAGCCCUAGAAGCCUACGGAACAAACAAAUUCUAUCAUUUCAAAAUGUUUUCCUCAUCAGAAUUCGCGUUAGAAUCCCUCCUCGUGGGCAGAAGAAAAGGUCUGGCCACUUUCGACCCUUUUUUACUUCGUAUGUUCGUAACAACACACUCUAAUCGCUAGUAUUAAUUCCUAAUUUUACUAAUUCAGCGAGUUUUGGCUUGGAAUUGGCUGUUUUUUGUAUGAAUUUGGUCUAAAUUUAUAGUUUUGCUUGAAGUUGAAACAUUGCCAAAGGGUUUUAUUUUGAAAUGUGCCAAAAUUUGUUUUUGUUUAUCUAUAAAAGUUCGUAAAAACUUGGAAAAUUCUUUUUGCAAACCAAAAAUCAUAUAUAUUUUUUAUUAGAAUAGUUCAAAAUGUAAAUGUUAAGUUGUUCAAAUUUUUUGGGCUUUUUAAUAUUGAAAAGUUAAGUCGAAAGGGGGCACAUGAUUUUUUUAAAAUUCUAAUAUCACUUACUUUUGCUUUAGUUUUUCAAAUGUUUACUCAAGGUACAAGAAGUUUUUUUUCAUUUUAUCUCAAAAUGAGGAUUUUUUUCAAAACAUAGCUUAAUUUCAACUUUUUUUUCAAAUUCAGUUUGAAAUAAAGUGGCUAGACUGAAUUUCUGAGAUAGUUUGUUUGUUCAAUAUAUUCGAUUUAAAUAACGAAAUUUGAGUUGGAAACUGUCCCGAAAUGAAGUUAGAGUGUUCAAGUUUAUGGAGAUGUUUUUCUUUAGUUUUUCGAAGGUUUGAGGGUCAUAAGGGAGUUUAAAUGGUACUGUAGAAUCAGUUAGGUGGCUUAUGGAAUAGAUAUACGUAUUUAAACUUGUUUAGGCUAAAAAUUAGGCUCAUUGAUUGCAAACUGUCUUAACCAACAAUGUAAACCACAAAAUCUAUAGUUUAGUACCAAAAGAGCUAUUCAGUAUUUAGUUUUCACUACACGUACUGCUACUUUUACAAAGUUUUUAAUCUAGAGGUUGCUACUUUUACAAUAUAUAGGGUGUAAAUAGCUCCGAUAGUAAAAAAUCUUUUAUCUACAACAAUAUAAGAGCUAGUGCUGGUAAAAUACGUAAACUCACUGAGAGAAAAACUAGAAUUAUUUCAUAAUCACGCGUUCAAAAGUUCGUAUGUUGUCAUUCAUUUUUGACCUCACAACAUUAAGCUAUCAGUUUAUUUGCCCUUAUGUCUCAACUUCUUGAGAUCUCCAUUCCUAUCACACUUUGACAUUUAUCAGCCGAUUAUGAGUGUAGCAUAUGUGACGUAUUAUCUUCUUCUUGUUAUACUCUUGUUCUCUCUUCUUUCCAUACCUUUUCUGUCACUCUUUUACCCUUCUCCUACCUCUUUUCAUUUUACUCUUCUGCUCUAGCUGAGAUGAGUGACACGUAGACCUAAAAGGGACCAACCCGGCUCGGGCAGGCCUGGUUUAGGCCGAAACAACUUUGAAAAGGCCGGCCUUGCUUGACCCCACAGCCGAAACUUAAAGUAAUCCAUAAGACGGGGGUUUAAAAAUUGUUCUAGCUAGGUCCCGCAACGAAAGAUUUGACUUGGCUAGGCUUAGGCAACUUCAAAAGAAGCUCGUACUAAAACACCGGCCUUUACAGAUCUAGUUAUAUCAGUUUUCCGUCCUUGUCUACUCUGCUCUCUUUUAUAGCCACCAUCCCCCUCUGCUUCUCCUUUCCCCCCCCCCUCUUUUUAAAAAAAAGUUAUGUCAGUACGAAGGACUAUGUCACGUGCAAACUUUUUGUCGCGUCAUUUCCUGACACUUAUUUCCAAACACUCUUCCUCGUUCUGGAUUGAUGCAUCUGUGCUCGUCUGGCGAGAUGUAAACACAAAAGCUGCUGGUAAAUCUCGUGAAUUACAUUUCAUGGCCGCCUAGUAGAUUUAGAGUCCUUUUUUAUGAUUUUGUUGUUAAUUCAGGGGUUUUUUGAAAGAUUUUUUUUUGUUUUUUUGUUUUUUUUUGGGAAAUUGGACUGUUGUUUAAAUAAUUAUGAGCUCCUAAUCCCGCACAUUUGCUUUGAGAGGUAGCUCAGAAUUUUAUGAACAAUCUAAUAAAUGGGUCUAGGCGCACUUUGAUCGGCUAUAAAUAGAAGAAGUUAAUGAAUUUGUAAUUUUUAAAUUUUGGUAAUAAUUUGCAUGGUAUAGCGUGUUUAAAAUGGCAUAUUUCAUAACUUUUGGUUUAACUGAUUUUUAGUUAUGGCUUGAUGAAGUUGAGUAUUAUUUAAUUUCAAUUUUUUAAACUUUCUUUGACUUUUUUUAAAAUUUUUAAAGUAUUUUUAGAUAUUUUAUACAUGUGUUUAACAUUUUGAGUAACUCAGAUUUUUUAUAUUUUCCGAUUUCACUUCUUCAUUGUUACCUAAAUUCCAAUAAAUUUCAAUUUUCAGUGCCCGGAAUGAAUCCGAGCCGUUUGGGAUUGCCUGAGGCGCCUUCGAAUUCCACAUUGGCUGGGAAUGUGAGCUCGACUCAGAAUAUUAUAGAACAUGACCAACUUGGUGCUGAAUUUUAUACGACCAGAGUUGAAGGGUGGAGGAAGGUGGUGCUACUACUGAAGAAUCUGAAGAAACCCAUGGUGAUUGUGUUGGCUCCAAUUUUGUUCUCAGUCUUGUUACAGUAUCAUAGGAAGGUGGGUAAUGUAAAAAAAUGACCUAAAAGUUAAAAAGUCUCAAAAAAAAUUUAAAAAAAUUUAUUUUAAAUCAAAUUUAUAAUAUCUUUUUUAGGACUACGACUGUGCCUACGUAGUAGCUGUAAUGGCAGCCUAUUGGGUAUUAGAAGUUAUGCCAUUACCUAUCACAGCCUUAAUGCCAUUAUUUAUGUUCCCCCUCCUUGGUGUGAUUCCAGCCAAAGCUGUAGCCAAAGAAUACUUAAACGACACCAACUUUCUCUUCAUUGGUGGCCUUAUUAUGGCAGUAGCUGUUGAGAAAUGUCACCUCCACGAGCGAAUGGCCCUAAGUGUACUAACUUUGGUCGGAUCCAAGCCCCAGUGGAUUAUGCUUGGAUUCAUGGUAGCUACAGCAACAUUGAGUAUGUUCAUCAGUAACACGGCUACUACCGCUAUGAUGGUACCAAUUGGAGUGUCGGUGAUUGAGCAACUGCUCCAUUCGAAGAGUCAGAGAAGCAUGAGUGACACUUCCAAGACCGACCUCUUGACCAUGGAGCGAAAACCCAACAAAGGAGAGACACUGAUGGCCAAGGGAUUGAUCAUCAGUAUCUGUUUUGCAGCCAACAUUGGUGGUACUGGUACCAUCACUGGUACUCCGCCAAAUCUGGUUGUGAUUGGCAUGUUAUCCACCCUUUUCCAAGACGCUGACACCGGAGUUCAUUACCUUUCUUGGGCCGCUUUCGCAGCACCAUUGAUGAUCCUAUGUCUGCUAGCUUGCUGGUUGGUUCUAGUAGUACUAUUCAUGAGAGAUGCUCCUCCAGCUGACCCAGGAGUGACAGCAUUGAUGAAGAAGAAGUACGACGAUCUUCCGAAGAUGAGUUUCGCCGAAAAAGCGGUUGGAGCCUCGUUUCUGGUACUACUGGUACUGUGGAUUGGUCGAGAUCCACAUGUCAUCCCUGGCUUUGGCUCUUUCUUUCCUAAGGGCUACUUCACUGAUGCGACAAGUGCUAUGGCUAUUGCUGUGUUGUUGUUCUUGAUACCGGCAGAGAUCCCGACCUUGAAGGAGUUGACAUCGUUGCCUCCAGAAGGCAAGAAGAAGAAGGACGAUAGGUUGAUGGACUGGAAGACUAUGAACGCCAAGUUUCCAUGGAGCGUAGUACUAUUGUUGGGCGGUGGUUUUGCUUUGGCUGCUGGUGUUAAGGAGUCCGGUAUGUUGUUUUAGAUAGAAAUUAUUACCUAAAUAUAUCAUUUACACCAACUUUUUUGUAUUUUUAAGCUAUCUUUAUAAAGGCCUUGACAUAGUUAUUUUAAAAUCUACUUCCCAUUACACAUUCCUUAUCUGAAACUAUAAUAAAUGAAAUACAGGAUUAUCCCAUGGCAUCGGACUGCUUUUGUCACAAUUGGCCGGAUUACCCACCUUCGUUCUGCAGCUCAUCUGUCUUGGAGUAACAAUGUUGGUAACAAACAUCUGUUCGAACACGGUAGCGGCCAGUAUCUUCUUGCCAAUCGUUGCUGAUUUGGUAAGAAAAUUUAAUUUUUAAUUUCGUUUUUAUAAUAUUUUUGUGAAAAAAGAAACUUUUUGGCUGAGUGAUGCAAAAAUAAUGGCGUUUUUUUCUUUUUCGGCCUUUUUGACAAAAAUAUUAAGUUAUAUUAUAGUUAAGCAUAGCAACAGAAAAAAUAUUUUUAACCUUUUUGGCUUAAAAGCUGCUUUUAUUUUUACAUUGAAAAGCCAUAAACAAGCAUAAUAAGCCUUAAAACCUAGUAUAAUAUUACCCAAGAUCAAGAGCAUAAACGAACAUUAUAUUUUACAAUUUAAAACAUAAAAAUAAAUUAACAUUGUGCACCUUUACAAUUAUGAAACAACAAAAUUUCAGGCCCAACAAACUGGAAUUAACCCAUUAUGCCUUAUGUUACCAACAACAUUAGCAUCGUCGUAUGCCUUCCUAUUACCGGUUGGUACACCUCCAAACGCCAUAGCUUUUGCUAGUGGUUACUUGAAGAUUCCGGAUAUGGUAAGGGGUUUUUUUAGAGACAAUAUAAUUAAAAAAAAGCCUGGACUGGUUAAUAAAACUAAGCUUGGUCCAACUAUCAUCUUUAUCAAUAACAUAUAUUUUAAAUUCAAACUUCUGAGCCAAAAAAUUUCAGAUAAUUGCUGGCCUAUGCACCUCAAUCGCCUGUACCAUCAUCGUGGUUGGCUACAUGAGCAGCUUUGCCCUACUGGUAUUCCCUCUGAACGAAUUUCCAGCCUGGGCAGCUCUUAACCAGACGAUGACAUCGUAA